AACAAAAAAAACAUGUCUUUGAUCGAUAGAGCUCUGCUCGUUAUGAAGCGUGGAGCUUACCACGGCAAUUUCGGCCGAGUGUGUAGAUACUUCUCGACAAGUUUCAGUGGGAAGCAGGACGAGCUGAACAAUUCGAUUAAGAAGUCAGUAUUUAUAUCGCAAUCCACGGAUGUGUUCAUCAAUUUAGCGCUAGAAGAUUGGUUGUACCGGAAUUACAACUUCGCGCGUCAUCACGUGCUACUUCUGUGGCGUAACGAUCCCUGCGUGGUGAUUGGACGUCAUCAAAACCCAUGGAUCGAGCAUAACGCUCAGCUAGCUGAAAAACGUGGUAUCGUACUGGUACGACGGAACAGUGGCGGAGGCACCGUCUACCAUGAUAAUGGUAACUUGAAUUUGUCGUUCUUCACGCCGCGGGAACGAUACGAUCGUAAAUAUAAUUUGGGCAUCAUAACGAGAGCGCUGUACCGAGAAUGGGGCGUUAAAGCUGACAUUAAUAAACGCGAGGACAUCGUUGUUGAAGGCGAAUACAAAGAAUCCUUUAAUGUAUCCGGUACAGCGGCAAAAUUAGGACGGCCGAAUGCAUAUCAUCACUGCACGCUAUUGGUCAAUGUAAACAAAUCGGCUUUAAGCUUAACGCUCGAAAGAAAAGAGGAUGGCAUAGAAACUAACGCGACUUCAUCCACCCGGUCUCCAGUGAAAAAUUUAAUAGAUGUGAAUUCGCACAUAUGCAUGAAUAAACUUAUCAAUGCAGUUGGCUGGGAAUAUCUUCGUACGAAAGCAUUAGUUUUAGAAGAUGGUGGACAAGAUUUCAUUCAGUGUCAAAAAGGAUUUCAGUACAUCAAUCCAACCGAAGAUUGGUUUCCAGGACUUGACAAAUUGAUAAACGAGUUUCGCUCUUGGGAAUGGAACUAUGGAAAAACACCGAAGUUCACAGUGACCAGGGUACUGGAUCUUGUCGCCCAAGACGGCAAACUCCAUCGAUUUAAUCUAACGUUAGAAAUACAAAAUGGUAUCAUCGAGGAAAUCAAAAUGAGACUUCCAACUGGCUUGGUAUCAAAUGACUUCAACCAAGACGUUAGCGUGAUAACUAAUCUACGCGGUACAAGAUACGACUAUGAAGCAACAGAAAGAAUAAUAGCUGCCAUCGGUUGCAAGACUGUUACGUUAAGUACGAGCCAAAAUGUAGAUAAAAGUAAUAUGAUUGCUACGCAAUGACCCGACGAACAAUCAUAAUGAUUGUGCUUAAAUUGUUGUGUACAAAACAGAAUUACCAUAUGACAAGCUGUGAACAUAAUACAAAUUUCUGUCGU